UUAAAAGCGAAACUAAGAUAUGACGCUGGGUGUUUUCUGAGGAACGUCCGUUGAGCUUUUCAAUUUAUUCGACAACACCUAACCCAUAGUUCUGCUCCCUGAUCAUAAAGAAAAAAGUCAUGUCCAAUAUUUCGACCAAUUUCAAGACAGCGAUAUUUGUUGUCGUCUUUUUGCUCUUCGGUGCCCUUUGUUCGGGAUGCGUGGUAUUGGAGUGCUGGUUUGUACAGGAAAAGCCUGGUCGCGGAGGGGGUUUCUCUGCUGCAAUGAGCCAGGAGAAAUCCUUGAUGUACAUCAGAACCAACCUGGAUAGUGACAAAACACAAUAUAAACCUCCAUCAGACAUCAGCCCUUCCAGAAUUUACUAUGUGACUGAUCCUUCUGCUACUUUCUGCAGAUCAGCUCUCCAUCCACCUGAGGGCUCUGUAACAAAACCUCAGUGUGAAAUAAACCCUUUCACUCCUCAAGCAUCUAUGGUCAAAUGGGCUGCUGCACUCACAAACUCUGCACAAAGCCCAGUAUAUCUGGAUGCUAACUGGUUUUCUGUAGCAGCACAGGGCCUUGAUGGACAGCUAACACUGUCAAAUCUAAUGCGAGCUUCAUCAGCAUCUAAUGAGCCAAAUGUAAUCCUCAGUGUUACCAGUAAAACUGCCUCAGUACGCUCUAGAAUGGGGGAGCCUGUUCUUUUAGACUGUGGGUUCUGGGUAGACCCAACCUCACCUCUUCAUGGUUCUGGCUUUGCUGUGGAAUGGCGCUACCAGUUCCGAGGUGAGGGGAGGCUGGUUGUGGCCUAUGACGGUAAGAGCGAUCGCUUUGCUGAGACAUCAGAGACAGGGGUUGACUUGGACAUCAGUGGCCUUUAUGAGAGAGGAAAUGCAUCACUGGUCCUGGAGGAGGCACAAGUGAGGGACUCUGGCACCUACAUCUGCACCAUUUAUCUACCACACCUUUUGGCUCAGGUGGCCAUGGACCUGGAGAUAGUCGAACCUCCGUCCCUUGCCAUCUACCCCUCCCCACUUCCUUUCUCUGUCCCUGGGCAGGUGGUGUCAGUCCAUUGUGAAGCUUCAGGUUUUGUUCCUCUCACUCUGGACCUUGGCUGGGAGUUUACUGGGGCUGAUGGUAAGAGGCGACACAUUGAUCAAGGCAGUGUGACUGGGCACAGGCAGGCCAGUGAUGGCACCUAUAGCCAGAGCACUCGUCUGGAGUUGGAGCCCACCAAGCUAGGACUCGGAAGGGGAGGGGAGGUCAGCUGUGUUGCCAAUCACCAAGGAGGAUCUAGACGAGCUAGUGUGACUCUGAAUGUCAUUGGUGUCAGUGCUCCAUCCAUAGAGGACUCUAUGGCAAUGGUUGCUGUAGCCCUUGUGCUUUAUGGUGUAAUAAAGGUUUUUUUCUGGACAUUCAGUUCUGUUGAUACCAGCAGCAUAGAUUCAAAGGACCGAAAGGACAAGUAACCAUGAUGCUCAAAUAUCUUCCUGGAUGUUCAAAUAACCUGAGAAAAAAGUCCUGUAAAUAAUCCCCUCAAAAUGAUGCUACACAUUCUGGAGUGGUCCAUCAUUGUCUAUGUACAUUUUGAACUUAAACUAAAUGUCUCUUAAGAACAGCAGAAGGAAAUAUCCCUGUUUUGACAAUAUGCUUUAAAUAAAACUCCAAUUGUGUAAUUA